UAUUAAAAAUAAAUAAACGACUAGUUAAAUAAAUAAUAAAUAAAUAGACGACUAGUCGGGGUCUCCUAUAGGCCUAUAGCGUAUCUUUUUUUUUUCUUGUUCUUUUUUUAAGAAUUGCUGAGGACAAAGGGAUUAAUUUAAUCAAAAUUGGUUUUAAUUUAAAUAAUCUCAAUUGUCCUGCAUUUUUAUCCAUUUAUAUAUUUUUCAUUUUUUUCCGGGGUGAAAUAUCACCCCGACAUGUAUUGACAGGCUUUAUAAGAUUCGCCCGAAAAUCCUUUAUGGAGACAGCGGUAACACAGCUGUUGUCUGACGAAUCCGGAGCGCUUUCAUCAGCAGUCUCCAGUGUCGGCAUUGGUUCUUCUUCAUCCCGACUCAAAACGAGCAGCAGCAGAAGCACAAACAUGUCUGCCUAGAGCUCCGACACCAUAUUUAUCGUCCUGUUAUGUCGGGUUUAGGAUGAUAUGGGUUCGGUGGAAAAUGUGACAGUUGUCCGCGGGCAUCAUGAGGAUAUUAACGGCGUCCGGGCUCUUCCUGGCCUUCUGUUCUAUCUGGCUCUUGACCAUGGCCAUCAGCACAGACUACUGGUACGAAACAGAUGCGCGGAAACACCGGGACCGAUGCAAAAAAUACGCCAGCAAGAGAAAUGACCCAGGAUACAUAUAUAUUUCCAACCAAAACCUCCCCCUCCGGAUGCGACCAAAAGCGGCUGGUGAGCGUCUGUCUGAGCCCGGAGCUCCUCUGCGGGAAUCCCUGCACCCUGCGCCCGUCAUGGAAUCACGCUGCAGCCGCCGCUACAACUCAACCACAACCGGACUGUGGAGGAAAUGCCAUCGAGAAGGGUUCGAUCUGGAGAACGAGGAUCUGAUUUUUAAAGGUUUGCUUCAACGCUGCACACCGGUGAAGUAUUACUAUUCCUCAGUGAAUAUCCCUCGAAAUCUGCCAGUGAACAUCACCAAGACUAUAAGACAAGAUGAAUGGCAUGCUCUCCAUUUGCAGCGGAUGACUGCAGGUUUUAUCGGCAUGGCUGUAGCCAUCAUUUUGUUUGGCUGGAUUGUUGGAUUGCUGGGCUGCUGGAAGCACAACGAGCUGAUGCAGUAUGUAGCAGGACUGCUCUUCCUGAUGGGAGGCACCUGCUGCAUCAUUUCUUUGUGCACAUGUGUGGCUGGUAUUAAUUUUGAGCUCUCGCGGUACCCGCGCUACCUGUACGGCCUGCCGGAGGACAUCAGUCACGGGUACGGCUGGUCCAUGUUCAGCGCGUGGGGUGGCCUGGGUCUGACGCUGCUGGCUGGGUUUCUGUGCACACUAGCGCCCUCUCUGCACAGUCCCCAGACCACCACCACACACAAACCACGACAGGAGAACGGAAUGGUGUGACGCUUGCACGCUCCCACCAUAUGCGCAGAUACGUUAGCACAGACAUGUCAUACUGAUGUAGACAAGUGUCUUUACAUGUCAGAGAAAAAUGGCAAAUAAACAGUCACAUACACAGCAGACAUUGUGCAGACCAUAAUAGGAUGGUGAAAAUAAAUAAUGAUCCAGAGUGUAGCUGAGCUAAACUUACUGGCGUUGAAGAAAAAACUGCACUGCACUGCAAAAAAACAAAAAAAACAAUUCAUAAUCAGUAUUAUUGUCUUAUUUUCCAGAAAAAAUAACUAUACCUUAUCAUUACUGAGAUGUCCCUUGUUAAAAAGAAGUGCACUUAAUUGUAUUGAAUGUGCACUUGUAGUGUACUUCAAAUCUUAAAAGUAUAUUUUUAAAAAAACUGUACUUGCAGACAUAAUAAUAUUAAUAAAAUAAAAGGCCAUUUAAGUGUACUAAAAGUGGCACUUUCAUGACUGACUGUUUCUUUACACACUUUUAAAAAAAGCACACAAUGUCAAAUUAAAAUUUUUACUUUAAAGUACAUUUUAAAUCAUUAUGUGUUAAUGUUAAUGUAAAUCUUUUGUCACGCUUAAAGAAGUACACUUACUUUGAUGCUGACUAUACAAAGCACAUGCAAAGUACAUGGUUAUAAUUUCAAUUGUAGAGUGCUACUUGAUAUUGCAUUUAAAGUUAAUAUAAUGGAAGUGUGCUAAACUACACCAUCAUUACAUACUGUAUGUGUAAUUACAAAUAUAUUUAAAUAUAUGACAAUAGAAAUGUCAUCAAAAUGUAUUUUAAUUUACUAUAACUGCUUGUCGGUGCAUUUGGCAGUGCACUUUAACCAACAGAAAAUGAAAUUACAUAUAAAGAUGUACUUAAGUGCUACAUAAGAGGAUCAAACUAACUGCACUGAAUAUAAAUUUAAACUAUAAAGCAUUUUCAUUUACAGUUUUUCUCAAUCGCUUUGGCUCAAUUCUCGAAUGAGAAUUUUUUUUUUCUCAAAACAAGUUCAGAUCUCUGAACAGUUAGUUUCUUGUUCACAUCAUAUUUGAAUUUCUUACUGAUUUUAGCACGUGUGCAAAAGAGUUAGUACAAAUGUCUAUAAUUUGCACAAUAAUUAAAUGCAUGUGGCUUGUUGAUCAAAACUGAUGAGCUGAUUCUCAGUGAAACUGUCAAACUCUUCAGGACUUCUAAACAUUCUUUCAUCAUGUGAGCCGUCACAUGCAAAAUGAUCCAUCCAGUUAUCAAAAUCUGUCAGACAUGCAUUUAUAUUUUAUGAAUACCUAUGCCAUGGAAUGUUUGUAAUGUCUGCUAAAUUGGCAAAUAGCCUGGCAUUGUACUGAAAUAGUAAUUACAAUCUUACCAAUCAAGUUUGGAAGCAUACAGUAUAGACUAUAUAGAGUUUGCCCAGCACAAUCACUGUCAUUUUUGAACAUGGAGGAACGUCACAACCCUAAACAAAAGUAGCAGUUUAUUUUUGUAGAAAUGUGUUACAUGUAAACUGAAAAUUUACAGUUGCUUGUACAGGUUGGUGUGUAAGACAUAAUAGAGUGUGUAAAAAUGAACAAGCAACUGUGAAUUUUCAGUUUACAUAACUCAUUUCUCCAAAAAUAAAUGUGCUGUAUAAAUAAAAAUGUUCGGUCUCACUUUAGAUUAGGUCUCAUUUACUACUAUAUACUAACAUUUAAAUGAAUCAUUUGAUACAGUGCACUUUUUGUGUACAUACAUGUUUUUUAUGUUUUUUACUUAUAUUUUAAAAUAUACCUGCAUCUAUAAUUACACUGUUGACCUUGCCUUACCUCUUAACCCACCCAUACCACCAAACCUGUCCCUAACCAUACCUGUAUCCAUCUUUUUAUUUUGGUAUCAUUGGCCAAUUUACUGACACAUUAACUAGGUUUUUAAACAUUUGGGCGAGUAACUACAUUUUGCAGACAUGCAAUAGAAUUCUGUUGUUCAAGCAAUCAGUUGUGACAUUUGCACUUAGGGAAUGUUAAGACGGUUUCGAAAAAUGUGAAAGAUAUCAAGCAACUGAGAAAAACUAAUUAUGAAUAACAUGCAGUUAAGUGUCCAAAAACAUUACAUUCAUUUCACACUUAAGUAUACUCUUUUAAAGUAUAUUAUUUCCUUAAUAAGAAUGGAAUUAAAGUAUGCUAAAGUGUACUUUAAAAGUAUGCUAAAGUGUACUUCUAUUUCACAAGGGAUAACCUUUCCCCAACUAACCCCGGUGUCAAGUAAAUUUAUAUUGUUUUAAGGAUAGAUAGACGUUUUUACUGGAAAACAAAGCAAAAAUACUGAUUAGACUAAACACAGACAGACAGACAGACAGACAUCAUCUCUGGUACAUAUCUGAUAUUUUACUGAAGAUUUCCGUCUCUAAUGGUGCUCUCUUUCUGUCUUUAUCUUUUGCCUGUAAUUAUGUUCAUAUAUUUUUCUCUCUCUGUCUUAAUGAUUGACUGUCUUUUGCUUUUCCCGUCUGUUUCUCACCUCCUUUUCCCUGUUUAUGUCUCUCAAUGGAAUUAAGAAUGGAAAUGUCUCAGAGAAUGACAGAUAAAUAUUUUUGUUCAAUAAACUGUUCCGUGUUUUGGCUUUGCCUGCUAUGUAGAAAAGAGAACAACAGAUCAAGGCACAAAUAAAAAAAUACUAAUGUCCUCAGUGUCUUCCUAUAAAUGUUUUGUUUUUGUUUUUUGUUUUUUUUUAACUGAAAAUGUCAAAUAGCACAAGCAAAACAAAUUUUGGAGGCAAUAUGUGAAAAUGAACCCUCUCUUUGUGCACAACCUCAUUAUCGAGGAGUCUUUUGAAAAGCAAUGUUAAGAGAAUUUAGACAGGACAUAGUUUGUUUUGAAAUUAUGCUAUGAUUUAUGAAUUUUUUUUCUAAUAAAAUGAUCCUGAUUCAUCA